AUGAAGCAGAUUCAGCAGAAAGACCACAACGAUCCCCCAUUGUACCAAGUCACCUACUACAAAGAGAAUUUAUGCAACAGCACCUUCGUCGCCCUCACCCCGAGAGAGUUCCAGCUGCAGACUGCAUCUGUGAAGGCGGUUUCCAUCAGCUUUGAUUCAUCUGGGGCUCAAGAACCAGGAGGAGGAUCACCGUCUUCGAGCGCAGUGGCGCGCCUUCGGAGAACAAGAACCAGACCAUGCUUAAGCUGCGUCAGAAGCCUUUUGUGGGGCCCCAGUGUCGUAGAACAAAAGCCCGAGCUCCAGUCCUGCAGCACCGAGUGCCAAGAUGCGUAUUCAGACCCUACAAUGUCUGAAGACAUAGAUGCAGGCAGAUUGGAUUCUAUCACAUUCUUCCAUUUUUUGUAA